UUCCCUUUUUGUACACAAAUACAAAUAGCCAGGUAGAAAGAGAGGGAGAACAGAGCUCUCUCAAGGCGUUUAAUUGCAGGGAUAUUUUUGCUUUUCUGAAUACUAUAAACAAGAACCCAAGUCUAGUUAGUUGAAACCAUUAUAUCUAUCUUUUUAUUAAUAUAUCCUCAUGGCUCUAACUUUGUCUCAUUGCUCUAUUUUCAUUUGAUCCCAUGCUCUCCUCACUAAAUUCCUUUCUCUUCUGUCUCACCUUUAGAUCCAUCCAUCAUAACAAACAAAACUUGUUUUUUUUCCUUUCCAUAUCUCCUUCUUCCUCUCAACAAUUAAUCAUCUUAAAAUAAACUCUAGUACUACUUCUUUUCCUGAAAAGAGAAAAGCUGUGAUUAGUGAUAACCUUUUGGUCACUAAAAAUGGGUACCGGUUGGAGAAGAGCCUUUUGCACACGAGACCCUGAAUCUACCAUAUCAGAUAAAAACAACAACGGAAGCCCAAGCCCAAGCCCAAGAAGCUGUGCUCGUUUGAGUUUUCUUUCUGGAACUAGCAAUCCUUCCACUCCACGUUUGCCUCAAUCUCAACCAGUUUCAAGUCCAAGUCUUCGUUGCCGUACCAUAACUGAAGCAGCUUCUCAAACAAAUGAUAGCCCAAGAUUUCAAUCCAAAAAUAACACCCCAAGAGCUAACUCCACAUCAAAUCCAACUUCUCCUCGCUCUCCUCUCAAAUUAUCCCUCUUCAAAAACAGCUUCAAAUUCAGGAGUAGCUGUGGAAUCUGUUUGAAUAGUGUGAAAACGGGACAGGGGAAAGCAAUAUACACAGCGGAAUGUGCACAUGCGUUUCAUUUCCCGUGCAUCGCAGCACAUGUACGCAACCAUGGAACUCUAGUUUGUCCUGUCUGCAACGCCACAUGGAAAGACGUACCAUUACUAGCGGCGCACAAGAAUCUCGCUUCGGAAUCCGAGAGGACCAACGAAAUUCCCAAUGCAAUCGAGAAAACACCCAUGGAAAAUCACUCUUCCGUUUUCAGAACCAAGAAUUUGGAUCAGGUUCAACAACAAAAUCAAUUGAAGCAUUCUGAAUCAGCGAGAUCUUAUGAUGAUGAUGAACCUCUCAUUUCUCCGUCCGCCGGUGGUGGAAGAAUCAUCACUAUUCCUGAAGCCGAUGAAAACGAAGAGGAAGAAGACGAUGAUAACGUCGAGUUUCAAGGUUUUUUCGUCAACACGAAAUCUAAUUCCUCCUCAAAUAAAUCUUACUCUGACGAUUUACAAAUCGGCGACGGAGAUUCAAGAACUGUUCAGAUGAAGUUAAUGCCGGAAUGUGCCGUCGUAUCAGUUUCACGUACUCAUGAGACUUACGCUUUGGUUUUAAAAGUAAAGGCACCGCCGCCGCUUCGCGGCGGAAGUAGCACUGUGGACGCUUCACGGCGAGCGCCGAUAGAUCUUGUUACAGUGCUUGACGUUGGUGGAAGCAUGACAAGCGCGAAGCUUCAUAUGCUGAAGCGCGCGAUGCGUUUGGUUAUUUCAUCUCUUGGACCUGCUGAUAGGCUUUCUAUUGUGGCUUUUUCUGCUAUUUCCAAACGUCUCUUACCUUUGAAAAGAAUGACGGCUCAAGGCCAGCGUUUGGCUCGGCGCAUCGUUGACCGGCUUGUAACCGGUGAAGGAAACAGUGUAGGUGAAGCUUUGAGAAAAGCUACAAGAGUAUUAGAGGAUCGUAGAGAAAGAAACCCGGUAGCUAGCGUUAUGCUUCUAUCCGACGGCCAAGAUGAAAAGGUUCACAACCGUAAUAAAACAAAUCAACGGAAGACGUGGAGCCACGCGUCUUCAACCCGUUUCGCGCACAUUGAAAUUCCGGUUCACGCGUUUGGGUUUGGAAGCAAGAGCUCUAUCGGUUACAGUCACGAACCGGGUGAGGACGCUUUUGCAAAGUGCGUUGGUGGGCUUUUGAGUGUGGUAGUUCAAGAUUUAAGGAUUCAGCUGGGCUUUCAGUCUUAUUCGGGCCGUGCUGAGAUAAACGCAAUUUACUCGUGUAGUGGGAGGCCCAUGUUGUUGAGCCCAGGAGCAGUACGGCUCGGCGAUUUGUACGCUGAAGAAGAGAGGGAGCUAUUGGUUGAGCUGAGUAUUCCCGCGUCAGCUUUGGGGGGUGGGACCCACCAUGUGAUGACGGUACGGUGUCUGUAUAAGGACCCCGCAAGUCAAGAGAUUGUAUACGGUAAGGAACAGGGACUUACGGUGCCGCUACCUCAGUCUCUGACCGUACGAUCAUCAGGAACAAGGAUCGAGAGGCUGAGGAAUCUGUUCAUAACCACUCGAGCCAUAGCUGAGGCUAGGAGGCUUCUGGAUCACAAUAAUGACUUCACCAGCGCUCAUCAUUUACUUGCAUCGGCUCGUGGGCUUCUGAUUCAAUCUGGCUCAGCUUCAGCUGAGCAAUAUGUGCGCGGCUUGGAAGCUGAGCUUGCAGAGCUUCAUUGGAGGAGACAGAGAGAACAGGUUCAAGUUGAGUUUCAGCAGCAACAAAUAAUGCAACAACGGAGAAGAGGGGGUGAGAGGGAGAUGAAUAUGGUGGAUGAAAAUGGUGAGCCGCUUACACCUACAUCGGCUUGGAGAGCGGCUGAGAAGCUGGCUAAGAUGGCAAUGGUGAAGAAGUCUUUGAAUAAAGUCAGCGACUUGCACGGCUUCGAAAACGCUAGGUUUUAAUUUCCUUUAAUAUUUUUGGAUUAAUAAAUUGUUUUUUUAUUUUUCUCAAAAAAAAUAUGUAAAGAUUAAGUUGUUAGAGAGAGAAGAAAAAAAACAAAUGGGGAUGGGGUUGACAGUAGAUUGGAAUGGAGACAAGGUGGUAGCAGACGGCGCGGCCCUUUCUGCAUUACAAUAUUAUGACGAUGGGGAAAGUUAUUACUAUCAUGUGAUGGAGGGUCUGGCCCACAUUAAAAUAUGAGAAUUUGAUUCGUUGGCUCUUCUAUAUUUUAAUCAUUCCCUUUUUUCCAUAAGAUAUAUGCACAUUGAAACUCAAAACUAGUGUAUUACUUGGAAUGGGGAUUUUAUGGUUUUAUAACUAUUUUUUUCUCUCACUUUUUAUGCUUUGUCUUUUUCGUUAUAUUGAGGAUUUUGGUUGUCGUUUUAAUGUUGUUGUGGAUAUGUGGGACUAAUAAUUUAGGAGCGGACUAGGGAUGGGGCUAACAUGAUCUUUUGGAUGUAAUAUAUAGCAGAGGACAGAUCUUAAUGAUGAAUGAAUGAUUAUAUUUAGUGGCA